UAUAUAUCCAUUUUUUAUUUUGGAACGGUCACAAGUAAACCCCGAAUGCUGUAGAGGCGUGUCCGCGCCCCUGUCCCUGCAACGUAAUGGAGAGUGAGAAGAUAUUGAUGGCUGCUGGUGUGACAGUCGCUGCCGUAGUUGGAGCAUUUGUCUUCUGGGGUCCAUCAGGCUCUCGUUUGCGUCAGCGGCGUGGUCAGAUUGCUGGUCUGCACAAUUUUGGACGUACUUGCUUUCUAAAUACUCUGCUUCAGGCUCUGGCCGCCUGCCCACAGUUUAUAGCUUGGCUACAAUUGUACAAUGGAGCUUCUCCGGAUCGAAAGAGCUUAAUAACUAGCAUGUUGAAUACCCUGGAGGUGGUCAAUGGGACACACGCCACCUUGCGCGGCGAUCCUCACUCCCCGGGAGCUGUGCUUCGUGCCCUGAAUGCCCUAGGCUGGGUCAUACCACAGGAAGAGCACGAUGCUCAUGAGCUAUUUCACAUUUUGCUCUCAUCACUUGAAGAGGAGGCCACUCGGCCCCAACCGGUGGGAUGCUUGUCCGAUGCCCUGGCAUCGGCUGACGACGUGGAUAGCAUUUGUAUUGGUUCUGCCACUGGAGCAGCAACAGUUGUUGGUGCUAAUUCAGGCACAAAUAUUGGACAACGUAUUGGAGAUCAACCAAAUCGUCCUUCUAGUGCCAUGUUAUCAGACUUUCUUAACAUGGAAUAUGACGAGGCGACCAGUCUUAAUCGUUUAGUCCGCUCCGAAGCUCACACUCCCGACUCGCCUGCUUCGGUCUGUGAACGAGAAGCCCCCGAUCGUUUGGGAUCUCUACUUGAUGCUAUUACACCUGGUUCCGCACAUCCAUUUGGCUUUCCCAUGGAUCUCCAUGAACCAGUGGCGGCUUCCCCUAUAUUGGGUGCGGAACGAUUGUCACGACCACGCUUGCCUCAAGCCCAAGAAAUCAGUGAGGGUCUCAAUCGACGUGUCUCCAGUUCGUGUCGUUCGCUUGAACGUCUCAAUCGUGGUCCCGGUCGCGUCUCCAUUUGGUCCAAUAUGAUGCCAAGCCAGGUGGCUCAUCCUUUCCAGGGGGCCAUGGGUGCACAGAUUGUCUGUAAUGGCUGCAACUCCAAGUCGACAGUGCGCUAUGACAAGUUCGAUAGCAUCACCCUGAAUUUGCCGCCACAGCGGCGCACAGGUCUGAGUCUGGGACACCUUCUUAGCGAAUAUAUUACAUCGGAGGAUUUGAGCGAUGUGAAAUGCGAUACCUGUAAUGAGACCACAACACACACGAAAUCUGUGACGUUCGCAAAGCUUCCGGCUUGUCUCUGCAUACACAUAGCUCGUACCGUUUGGCUACCCACUGGUCAGGUGUGCAAGCGUCAAGAUUAUGUUCACUUUCCGGAGAGCCUUUCAAUGGCUCCAUAUAGCUUUGUUCAGCCGCAUCUCAAUAGCCAGGCUGGUACACCCUGGGGAUCUACAAUGUCUCUGUACUCAUCCAGUUUUCCCAUGAACAAUGGCAUUGCCGGUGCUAGUGGCGAAGGCUUCGGCACUAUGUUCCCAAAGAAUCUUUAUCGCCUUCUGGCGGUUGUGGUCCAUUCUGGCGAGGCCAAUAGUGGACAUUUUGUAACCUAUCGUCGUGGAUCCCUACGGAAUGCUCAUCGUUGGUUCUACACAUCGGACACUGUUGUGCGCGAGGUAUCCAUUGAUGAGGUGCUCAGUGUGCCAGCCUAUCUGCUGUUUUAUGAUCGGGGACCUCAACGACAAAUGCGCUAGUCAAAGAAACUUUUAUAUUUAUGUAACACACAUUCAUCACACACACACACAUACUAUUCUGGGCAGCAACAUGGGCUAGUCAUCAUUACUAUCUGCAUCAGCAUCGACUUAUAAUUUGUGAUUGCAAAUUCAAAUCAUAUUAUAUUGAUAUUACGGAACAAUGAUAACAAUAUUAAUGGUGGCCAUAUAAACAAACAAACAUACAGAGAUAAAACAAACAAAUAGCACAUACUACCUACCAACUUAUAUAAAUUUUAAAAUAUAUAAGUAUAUAUAUAUAUAUAUAAAUAUACAAGUAUGUAUAAUCACCAUCUUUAAUAGUCAUAAGGAUGGCGAUAUAUAUGGUCUCAAUCAACACAAUUCAUUUCGAGAUGAUCGAACAAAAAAAAAAAAGACGAGAAAAAACCAAAUCUUAACUGUAAAAGGAAAUCCUUCGUUUUGUUAUAAAAUGCAUUUAACAUUUUUUUUUAUGAAUUUCAAAUUCGUCAUGUGCUUUUAGAGCUGUCUGUAUUUAGUAAUAUAGAUCUGAAACAAAUAAUUGUUUUGCGCGUUAUUUCCAUAGGUUAGAUGUUCAAUAAAAAUUUGUAAUGUAUAAAUGGAUAUUGUAAA